AUGUCGAGUAGAUCGCAAGGGCUUGAACUCGUCGCGACCAUCAAAGCGAGUCAGAUUGCCUCGAGCCUCGAGCUCCUCGAAGUGACCUGCAAAACCAUCUCCACGCGGCUUCUGGUACAAUCGGCGCUACGACGCUAUUAUGCCGGGAAUAUAUCCGAGGCCAACUGGGCGACGUCCAUCACCGACGUGCAAUCGGCACUCGGCAGUCGGGGAUACCUCAGCACAUACCAGGCGAUUCUCUACUCGAAGAACGGACAAGGCGGUCGCGAACGAUUAUUGAACGUUACCAGUGAUUCGGUACCGGAGAUCACACUUCCUUACACCUACCCGAAUGGUAGCUCCGUGAAGUUGGGGGAUGAAGGACUUGGAUACCCCUCCGUCCUCUAUCCGAAUUUAACAUACACACAAUCCUCCGAAAAGGGCAACGCUACCACGGUGAAUGCCUUUUCCGAUUACACCCUAGGGUUAGCGUCUGCAUUGCUGCUGGGUCCCAUAGCAAUCAACAGCUCCUUUUCCCUUCUGUCCCUGACCCUGCCCAUCGUCAAUAAUACAUCGAAUACCGAUAUCCUGGGGUUCAUGACGGUUGUCGCCAGUGCGGCCAACGUGCAAAGCGUUGUCAGCUCUCGCGACGGGCUGGCCAACACCGGGCAAGUCCUGCUACUCGGCCCUUCUAGACCCGAUAACCGCUUCUCCACGGAGUCUGCAACAGCCACUUCGUCCCCGGAUCGACCAGCGCUUACCGACGCCCAAGUUCACUACAUCUUUGAGCCCACGCCCCUGCCGUCCCAAGACAGCCGCCACCGGGGCGUCUCCACCGGUACCUCCUUCGAGCUUUCCAAGUACCCCAUGGCACUGAAGUUGAUGACCGAAUCCGAGGAAAAUGAGAAUAGAUCCGUCAGCAAGCUCUCUACCAAAAACGAACAAGGAUACAAUGUCGCCGUGGGCGCGGUUCGGCCCAAAACUUCCCUGGUCGAAUGGAUUCUUCUGGUGGAGGAAACGCACUCCGAAGCCUUCUCGCCGGUGGUCCGCCUACGGAAGAUCAUUCUAGCCUGUGUAUUCGGGACGGCGGGUUUCAUUAUCCUAGUUGUUCCUCUGCUAGCACACUGGGCCGUCGCCCCUAUUCGCAGGAUGCGGGAGGCCGCGCGAAAAUCCAUCGAACCAGAGGUGCCGCCAACCCCGUCUGCAGGCUACGUUGAACAUAUAACCGAUGGACAUGGAGACACGGUACAGGCCAUCGAGGAACAUAUGGAUGAGAAGGGCGCGCCUGUGUCGUGGGUCAAACGCCUGCGACGGCCAUUGGAGCGAUUCAACAGCUCUCACAGCUUUGGCGAUCGUAGGGAUCCUCGGUCCUCCUUCCACAUUCCUUCGAGGGUAAAAGAGCGGAGAUCCUGCGUGACGGAUGAACUCACAGAGCUGACUAGCACUUUCAACGAAAUGUCGGACGAACUGGCCAUCCAAUACAAUCGACUGGAAGAGCGCGUGGUGGAGCGGACAAAGGAGCUCCAGAAGGCCAAAUUGGCGGCAGAAGCGGCCAACGAGAGCAAGACCUUGUUCAUCGCUAAUAUUUCGCACGAGCUCAAGACGCCGCUCAAUGGAAUUUUGGGCAUGUGCGCGGUGUGCAUGGGAGAGGAGGAUCUGCAUCGGAUUAAGAAGUCGCUCCAGGUUGUCUACAAAUCGGGUGAUCUUCUCCUGCAUCUGCUAAAUGACUUGUUGACUUUCAGCAGGAAUCAGAUUGAGCAGGCUAUUCAUCUUGAGGAGAAAGAAUUUAGACUCUCUGACAUCCGUUCUCAGCUGUCAAUCAUAUUCCAAAACCAGGUGCAUGAGAAGCAUAUCGAUUUCAGUGUCAACUACGUUGGUAUCGGUAAUAGUCAACCUCGGGGUACGAUGUGCCAGGAACGAGGAGUUGAACGGACACACCCGGCUGUUGGUCCACCGCAGACGGGCAGGCUCAAGGAUAUGGUGCUCUGGGGCGACCAGCAUCGCAUCCUGCAGGUCCUGAUCAACUUGGUUGGCAAUAGUCUCAAAUUCAUACCUGAGAAUGGCAAGGUCGAGGUCCGCAUCCGGUGUGUGGAGGAAGUUCCGGACGCCGAAAGCUCCGUGACACUGGUCCAGGGCUCCCAGCCGAGCUCGCAAGCACGUUCACGGACUCCCUCACGGUUGACCGCAACGCCGGUGGACGGUACUAACCUUCUAGACAGCCAGCUGGAGAAACAGACGCCGGUACCGUCCGACUUGCGGACACUCAUAUUCCAGUUUGAGGUCGAGGAUAACGGACCAGGGAUCCCAGCCAACAUGCAGAGACGUGUGUUUGACCCCUUCGUGCAGGGUGACCUGGGACUCAACAGGAAAUACGGAGGAACCGGUCUUGGGUUGAGUAUCUGUGCUCAGCUAUCUCGACUUAUGGGAGGCGUUAUUCUACUGGAUAGUGAAGAAGGGAACGGGGCUCUAUUUACCCUGAAGAUACCGUUGAAAUUUGUCAAGGAGGCAGCAGCUAGCACACGAAGUUCCAGCAUUGCCGGCUCAAGGACACCGAGUGUCGUGUCGCUUUCACUGGAAGAGUUUUCCAAUAUUGCUCAGACACCAUCAAACCACAGCUCUGUGGGUAACAAGGAAACACUCACCAAUGGCUUCGAAAAGCCCGAUGUCCAACCACGUCUGGUUGGGCUCAGUCAGCCCUUCUUCGCUCCUACUGUUCCAUCAGCCCCUUCUUCCCCAUCUAAGGGUCAAGAGUCGAACCAAAGCUCAUCGGAUAAUGGUUCGAAGAAGAUCCGUGUGUUAAUGGCCGAAGAUAACAAGAUCAAUCAGGAAGUAGCCCUUCGGUAUGUCCAAAAUGCUUAUAAAAAUACCCUAUCAUCUGCUGACCUUGACAGGAUGCUUGCCCUUGAGGAAGUCUACGAUGUAACGGUAGUCAAGGAUGGACAAGAGGCAUACGAUACUGUCAAGGCUAACAUGGAAGAGGGUAAAGUAUUCGACCUCAUCUUCAUGGACAUUCAGGUAAAGCACCUUCUACACCACAUGCCCAUCCUCGAUGGACUCCAGAGCACGCGACUCAUCCGCGAGAUGGGAUACUCUGCGCCUAUUGUUGCCCUAAGUGCCUUUUCGGAGGAUAGCAAUAUCAAAGACUGCAUGGAUUCCGGAAUGGACAUGUUCAUUAGUAAACCUAUCCGACGGCCUAUCUUGAAACAGGUGCUUAACAAGUUUGCGACCAUUCCAGAAGAAUCCGACGGGAGUUCUUCGUAA